GGAUAUGGCACAGAUGAACCUAACGAAAACGACUUCGCCGGAGGGUUUCCGAUAAGCAGCGGACGCUUACUUGUGUCAGACUCGGGUUCCUACUUUGUUAGCCCACCUGCACUCGGGGUGGCUCGUUUCGUAGAGGAACCGCUGCGGCUGUUCGCGAAGCUCGUUAGCCGCUAACCACCGCAGCUAGCGAGCUAACUAGCCACUUUCGCCCGAGUGAAGUGAACAAGUCGCGGUGAAGCUAACAACGCCGAGGCUGCUUUUGGGGGGUUAUCGGGCUGGAUAUAAACCCAGGAGGGAUUUCUUGCCGCCGGAGGAGGUGUUAUCAACACCGGUGCCAGCUGCAUUGUUGUGCUUCUCCCCUGCCCUCUUUUCAUUGUUGGCGGAGCGUCCUGACUGCACACCGCGGAGCCCAUGCACGCUAGCAACGGCUGCAGCCAGCUAGCGUGAUGUGUCACAUUGGCUGACGAACCUAUCACACUUUUUGUUUUUGCCCAUUUGUGAGUGGAUGCUGUCAGUGGUACGGACUUUGGGAGACCGACGGGUGUUGUAUCAUCCCACUGUGACGCCUGUAUAUUAACUGUACUUUCAUGUCGUGUCACCCGUCAGCAAGUAGUCCCUCCAGAAGAACCAGACGCGGAGCAUGCAGGAGAAGAAAAGAUUUCAGAUAAGUAGAUAGGGGACGUCGGACACUACCGAGUUUAAUUGGACUGUGCGGCUAAUUUAGCACCAAACAGGGACUGCAUUUGGUGGGCGGACUGAAAGAGAAACUAAAGGAUGAAGAAGUUUUCCAGAAUGCCAAAGUCCGAAAGCGGCGGGCUCGGAGGGGCGUCCGGGUCCGGCUCCAGCUCCGGAGUCAGCAGCUACUUCGGGAAAGUGUUUGCAGUCGGCCGGUAUCAAGUCACCGUGGAAGAGCUUAUUGCCGAAGGAGGGUUCUCAGUGGUGUUUCUGGCUCGUACGCACAGCGGCGUCCGCUGCGCUCUCAAAAGGAUGUACGUCAACAACGUCCCGGACCUGAAUGUCUAUAAGAGGGAGAUCACUAUCAUGAAGGAGCUGUCAGGCCAUAAGAACAUAGUGAACUACUUGGACUCCACAAUCAGUGCGGUGUCGGACAGCGUCUGGGAGGUCCUGAUCCUCAUGGAGUACUGUAAAGCGGGUCAGGUGGUGAAGCAGAUGAACCAGCGGUUGAACGUGGGCUUCAGUGAGGCUGAGGUCCUUCACAUCUUCUGUGACACCUGUGAGGCCGUGGCCCGCCUGCACCAAUGCAAGACGCCCGUCAUCCACAGAGACCUAAAGGUUGAAAACAUCCUGCUGAAUGACCAGGGAAAUUAUGUGCUGUGUGACUUUGGAAGUGCCACUCACAAGGUUUUACUGCCACAUAAAGAUGGAGUUACUGCUGUGGAGGACGAAAUUAAGAAGUACACGACCCUGUCAUAUCGGGCUCCGGAGAUGAUUAACUUGUACGCAGGGAAAGCCAUCACCACUAAAGCUGAUAUAUGGGCACUUGGAUGCUUGUUGUACAAGCUGUGUUUCUUCGCACUUCCAUUUGGGGAGAGUCAAGUUGCCAUAUGUGACGGAACCUUUAUUGUUCCAGAUAACUCCAAAUUCUCCUUCAAGUUGCACUGCUUAAUCAGAUAUAUGCUCGAACCCGACCAGGAGAAGAGACCAGACAUUUACCAAGUGUCCUACUUUGCCUUCAAGUUAGCUGGAAAAGACUGUCCAGUGCCAAAUCUCUUUAGCUCUCCCAUCCCUACGUCUCUCCCAGAGCCUCUAACGGCCAGUGAGGUCGCUGCUAAGAAAAGCAUGACAAAAGCCAGGAUAACAGACUCUGUCGGCCCCACGGAAACAUCAAUAGCUCCCAGACAGAGGCCAAAGGCAGCAAACAGCAACGUCCUGCCCCUCGCCAACACCGUCACCCCUGUCAAGAUGACCAUGCCUUCAGCACCCGUCAGCAACGGCCAGAAAGCUCCCACCCCUGGCUCAGGGCCGCCGUCCAUGCAGCCCCAGCCUAGCAGUCAGCAGCACCGAGUCCUGCAGCAGCUACAGCCUGGCGACCUGCGUCUACAGCAGCUACAACAACAACAACAACAACAACAUCAUCAUCAUCACCAACAACAACAACAACAACAACAACAACAACAAGUAGUGCAGCAACAACAUGCAAAUGCACAGCAACUCCAAUACCUCCAGUACCAACAGGCUGUGCAGCAGUCUCUCCAGCUUCAGCAGCAGCAGGCCCUGCUCCAGCAGCAACAGCAGAUGAUGAUGCAGCCGAUGUACCAGCAGCAGGUUGCUCAGUACGCAGCCAUGCUGCACCAGUACCAACAGGCUUUUGUCCAGCAACAACAACAACAACAACAGCAGCAGCAGCAGCAGCAUCACCACCAACAUCAUCAACAACAUCAGCAGCAGCCGCAUCAUCCCGCUCAGCAGCCUCUCCCCUAUAUGUCCUCCCCUCUUGAGUUCCAGAUCCCCCUGGGUUCCUUUAACACGACCACACCCACUGCUGGGCCUGGAGCAGGAACUGUCCAGAUGGGGGGGCUAUCACCUGUGGAUCCCUCGUACACUAACCCCAGUAGGAACCCUCUUCUUGCCUCAGACGGGAUCACCCCGCCCUCUCAGAGCUGCAACAGCACAGUCAGUAACCCCCCCGACAUGUCGGGCUGGAACCCUUUCGGAGAGGACAACUUCUCCAAGUUGACGGAGGAGGAGCUGAUCGACCGGGAGUUUGACAUGCUCAGAGCAAACAAGCCAGUGGAGAGAACAGCCAGUGUGGAAACGGACCGACCGCAGCCAGCUGCCUCCACCCCCAAGCCCCUCCCACCAGAGGACCUGUUCGGCUCAGUCCCGUUUUUGGCCAGCGCAGGUACCAAUGCGAUAAAGACUGAGCAGAGCAACGAGGAAGUCAGCGUUCCUGCCCCCAUCUCAGCAACUGUGGAGGAUCUGCAGCCACCUGCAACCAAGGAGCACAAACCAGGCAAAAAGAGUCACUGUAGAUCAGGUGAAGAGUCUGACAGUGACUUUGAGUCUGACCCUCCUUCACCGAAAAGCAGCGAGGAUGAAGAGCCAGAGGAGGAUGAGGCACUGAACAGUGAGCACGGCGACGACACUGAGCCAGAGAAUUUAGGACAGAGGCCACUGCUCAUGGACUCGGAGGAAGAGGGCGAGGAGGAUGAUGACAAACACAGCUCUGACUCGGACUACGACCCUAGCCGAGUCAAGAGUCGCUCAAAGAAACCUCCAGCUGGUAAAGCAGCUGCUGCAAGUCCCAGGAGAAGUCCACAUGGAGAUUCCACGAUGACUCUGAUCACCCCUCCUGAGUCGCCCAGCGGAGCGAGAGCUGCUCCAACUGAGGAAGCUGUGGAUGUUUUUGGUGCUGUUCCCUUCCUGGGAGGAGCCUCGCCUGUCGGGCCUGCAGAAAGCACAGACAUCUUUGCCAAAGCGCCUUUCAGGCAAGUCAGCCAAGAGCAGCAAGCUGGGGACGAGUUUGAUGUUUUUACCAAAGCACCGUUCAACCGGAACCUCUCCAAGUCUGGAAGGAGUGGCAGUGAUGUUCCCAUGGGCCAAACGCCGCCCAUUUCCCCUGAAGACAUUGACAUUUUCGGCUUCUCUCCCUUCCACCCAGGCCCCACGGCGCCACCUCCCAUCACCUCCAGAAGCGCAGACGAUAUCUUCCAGCCGUCUUUUGAGGAGUCGGCGAGUCCUCAGCAACAGAGGCUGAAGCAGCGCAGCCUCCAGAAGCUGUCGUCACGCCAGAGAAAAACCAAGCAGGAGUCCACAGCAGGUGGCAGCAAUGGGAAACGGCACCACGGUACGCCCACUGGGGGGCGCAAGACCAACAAGCCAACUUACCGCACACCUGAGCGAGUCCGCAGACACAAGAAGGUCGGCCGGAGAGACUCGCAGAGCAGCAACGAGUUCCUCAGCACCUCUGACUCUAAGGAGAACAUCAGUGUUGACAUCACCAUGGCUGAAGGGAAAGACAAAGGAGCCUCUUUGCCAGUAGACGACGCUCUUUUAGACCCGUUUGGAGCCAAACCUUUCCACCCUCAGGACGGAUGUCGGCACAGCCAGUAUCAAGGCCUCAGCGACAGUAAGAGCGACAUGGGCACAGCCAAUGGCAAGUCCUGGACGGGUUCUCUUCACGGUGCUCUUGGAGAAAGCAAAAUCAUGGAUGACUUUGGGGCGGUGCCUUUCACAGAACUGGUCAUCCACAGUGGACCUCAGCAGCAGCAGCAGCAGCAGCAGCAGCAGCAGGCGCCUUCGCAGCCGGUGGAUCUUGACCCGUUCGGAGCUGCACCGUUUCCCUCAAAACAGUGACUUCUCUUGCGUCUUCCUGCUCUGUUUGCUGUUAAAUAACCCCUGAGCUUCUUCUUUUUUUUUUUUGGUUUGGGAUCAUUUUCAACAAGUCAUGGAACCACAAGCUAAUACUGUCCUGAUGCUUCUUUUUUGAAAAAAUUUUAUCACAGCUCUCAGUUUGAGUAACAAAAACCUAAGUCCUGUGGGGUGCGAGUGUUUCCACAUAUCUUUCAGCUGUACCUGUUUGCUGAGAGGCCUUUUAUGCUGCAUCUUAACACUUAUAGAGACAUUCGAACCAGAAGACCUACUCGAAAAAUUGUACUGUGAUUAUAAGCUUGACGUUUGACUGCUUGACUCGCUGCAAAAAGCUCCUUAUGGCCUGCCUUGUUUUUUUUGUUUUUUUUUAGCACCACAAAGCCUUACCUGAGCUCGGCUCUGCCUUGCUGCACAGUACCUCGGAAAAAACACGACACAAUCGGCCCGCGUUGGCCUCUCGUGUCGGUGGAAAUCAUUUGGGAGAUGACCUUAACCACUUUGUUUUAUCCUCAUUAGACCUUUCUCUAUGCAUAAUUUCACAGUAGUCUUUACGCAGCCACAAAAGGCUGUGAUCUGUCGCAUGUCACCUGAAUACUAGAAGGGAUCGAAUUUUAUUCUACUUCCUUAAAAACUUUUAUCUGUUAAUUGCGACAAGUUUAAAUUUAGGCUCCUAACUUUUUUUUGCAGUAAAAUUGUAUGUAACUACUGUUAAUUUUUUAUGAAGUUACAACUCAACACAUUCUGUUAGAAAUAAGGAAGAAAUAAAACACACAGCCACAUUAGAUAACUAGUCUAGGGUUUGUGUUUUAAGAAGUUUGACCCAUAUAGAAACGUGUAAGCUGCACUGCUCCUUUCUCAGCUCUCAACAUUAGACUUUGUAACAUUUUUAGAAUAAUUUAUGCUCAUUGAAAUGGCUACUGCACCAACAGUUAAAGGACAAGGCUGGUGGUAUUCUAUCAAUUUUGUUACUGUCCACAAAGGCCAUGAAAAGACCAAAACCAACGAUGGUUUAUCGCAUUAGUCUGUCUCUAAACACAGCCCAUCGGUUCCUACUGAAAACGAAACUCUUAAAAGCAAUAGCUUGACGUUUUGCUAAAUAAGGUUAUUUAACCAUUGAUACCCCCUCUUUUAUAUGUCUGUUUAAUGUGGAGCUACAACCAGCUCUGUCUGAAAGCUACCAGAACCUCUAAAGAUCACUAAUUGGCAAAAGAAAAAUAAAAAAAUCAACAAAACUGUGGUUUUACGGGAACAUGUUAUUUAGUGAGCUUUAAAGGUUUUCAUUGGUGAAUUAUUUUUUUUUACUUUUAGACAAGCCCAUGUUAGCUGUUUUCCCUGUUUCCAGUCAUUUUGCUGUGCUAAGAUAAUUGGCUGAUCGCUCUAGCUUCAUAUUGAAAGUACAAAAUGCGAGAGUGGCAUCAAUCUUCGAAUCUAAUGUGAGAAUGUGCUUUUCUUAAGUAAGUUUUUUUAGCAAACAUUAGGAAAUGGUGCAUCUGUUAGGGACUUCAGCUGCGGAUUAAUCUUUGGGAUACAUCUGCUAUACUUAUUGGUUUUGGUCUUUUCAUGGGAUUUGUUGACAAAAAAAAAAAAGAUAGACUUUCACCAGACUUCCUUGUUAACACAGGUCUCUCUGCUGCAGAACGAGGUAAAUAGUUCAUAAAAGGGAAACCCCCCCCCCCCAUUUAAGACUGACUGCGAAAUCUGUGAUGUAAUAUUCAGGUCAUUUGUCUCCAUGACAACACCUUUCAGCGCUGAAUUCUUCCAUGAACUCGUUCUGUGUGCUCUACGUCGACGGCCUUAAGCAUUUACCUACACAACCCAUUGGCACAUUGGUUUGAAUUAAAGGUUGCUGUGUUUUCACCAUUGGAA